UGGGAGGGUUUCAGCGCUCCGCUCCGCUCCGCUCGGAUUGACAGCUCCCUCCUCCCCCCAGUGUAGCUGUUAGCUCCGAGGCUGCACCACGGGCUGCUUGAAUGGUUCAGCAAAGCAGAACUAGGAUGCAAGUAGUAUAAAGAAACAGAGUUAACGCCACGCACUCAUUUCAAAGAUAAACAGAAGCCACGCGGGGUCACGAGGUGAGAGGCUGAGCGAGCGAGGGUGCGAGUGAGAGAAGGAACGAGAGAGAGACAGAGAGAGAGAGAGGCCAUGGAGCAGCAGAGACAGAGAUCUCUCUCCACAUCAGGAGAAUCGCUGUACGCCGUGCUGGGAGUCGAUAAGACCGCAACGACAGAUGACAUCAAGAAAUGUUACAGAAAACUAGCAUUGAAGUUUCACCCAGACAAGAACCCGGACAACCCGGACGCGGCUGAAAAGUUUAAGGAAAUCAACAACGCGCACUCAAUCCUCAGCGAUGCCACCAAGAAGAACAUCUAUGACAAAUACGGUUCGCUGGGGCUCUACGUCGCAGAGCAGUUCGGAGAGGAGAACGUCAACACCUACUUUGUUCUGUCCAGCUGGUGGGCGAAGGCCUUGUUUGUCUUCUGCUGCCUGUCGACAGGCUGUUAUUGUUGCUGUUGCCUGUGUUGCUGCUGUAACUGUUGCUGCGGUAAAUGUAAACCCCGGCCGCCAAUGGACCAGGAGCCCGAGUUCUACGUCUCCCCCGAGGACCUGGAGGCCCAGUUGACCGCUGACGAGAGAGAUGGCGGUGAGCCCAUCAUGAUGCAGCCGUCCUCAGCCACAGAAACCACUCAGCUCACCUCUGAUGCCCGCCAAAGCUACAGGACCGACGCAUACUAGACACCGGACACACACAUACACACAUACACACAUACACACAUACAUACAGCUCACACCUGACAGUUAACCACAGCUAUAGUAUCAACCAAUAACACCCACCCACACACACACACACACACACACACACACACACACACACACACACACACACACACACACACACACACACACACACACAUACACCAGCAAAUACUAGAUAACAUCUCUCUCAGCCCAAACUUUUACCUUUAAUUCACGUUAAUUUCUAAUUAAUGUGGAGUGAGGGGAGAAGGAGGAAAAAUAACACGAAAAUAAAAAAUAUAUAAAAACGAUUCUUUUAACACUGGUUAGGCAGAAUGCCGACAACACGAGCGAUCCUGUGUUGUUGUUUUUUCUUCAUCUUUUAUCCAGAGUAACAUUUUUCUUUAGAGUAACGGAUGAGCUCAUAGUUAAACUCACAUUAGGAGACUAGCAUUAAAAAUAUCUGUCAUGUGAAAGGCUGUCAGAAGCACAGAAGGGGAAGCUUUCCAAAACACAGAGGCGCAUUAACUUGUUACAUUACAAGCUGGUUUUACCCGAAAGAGGUAUGCUCAAAAAUUGUGAUCAUUAUAAUUGUUUUAUUCUAUUUCAAAAAUCAUGAGAAAGAAAAAGCAUUCAACUUAUGAAUUGUGCCUGGUUGCAAACUCUAGUCCGGAGUUUGUGGAGCAGCCAUAUGGCAACAAUAAUUCACCAGUUUAAGAUGAAUACGGACAGAGAUAAUAAACACUUAAGAUAUGCAGUGACUCUUCACAAUAAUGCUUCUUUUAGGGGGAAAGAUACGGUGUCAUUGACGGCGUGUCUACACGGGAGGCGUUUCAUUUCUUGUUUUAAGUAUCUCUAUACAAGUGUAAAACAACCAAAUGUGUAUUUUAACACUUUAUAAUCUGCGUGACGUACAUUUACUAAUCUACCCAUAUCAACUAGGGUAACAACAGACUGUUCACAUGAAGCCCAAAGGUUAUGAUGCACACUGUACGAGUGACAGACUUUGUACACAGACACACAAGGCUCUUCUCAGUUUUGUUUUUGGGUGCAUCCUCGUCUCCGCACUCCUCCAUCCUCCUGCCUGUAACCCUGAAAUCAAUCUCCGUGUCCUUUUUUGAGGUAUAAAACAGGCGUGACACAAAGCCGUGCCACACGUCAGAAUUAAAUGACGUUGCUUCAAAAUGUAGGCUCCAAAAUACGGUUGUGUCCUUUUGUUGAAUGCCUGUUUCCUUGUCUCAUCUCUCCUUGUGUGUCUUCCUUCGCUCGCAUUUUAGGUGAGAGGGACAGGGACAGGAAGUGAGCGAAGGAAUUGAGGAGGUACAAAAAGAAAAACGAGAAGACCUUGUAGUAGAAACAAUAUCACGUCUGUUGUGUGUUUUGGAUUUUAUCCGACUCUUUUUUUUUCCUGUAGAGACUACAAGGAAUUGCCAUUUCACAUAUUUGCCAAGUGGAAAUUUAUGCAAUGCGUUCCAGGGAAGAGUUUUUGACAUGUCUUACUAGUGUUUUAACCUUGAUGUCUAAAAAUGUUGUUCUUCAUAUACUCAGAAACUGCUUGUGGAUGAGAAAAAAGCUGUUUCCUUUUAGCUUGUGAGGAAACUCUCUUAAGGCUUCUCUCUCGGCCCAAAGCUGGAAGAAUGUCAGUGAUCCCGUCUAUGUGUUCAGUUAGGAGUUUAAAGGACUGUGGGGUGCCGUGGCUGUUUAAAUAUCCAAAGAGGUCAAUACUCCAGCAACACUUGUUGUGUAAAGUACAACUUUAUUGCAAGAGCAAAGUGUUCCUGCUUAUGACCACGAUCAGGGUAGUUUAUUUGUCCUCAAUACCCUUGUGAACAUCAAAGUGUGCCCUAAUGUGUGGGAAGAGCAGCUCUCACUUAAAUAAAUGCUGUCCCGCUGGCAUAAUGUACCCUCACAAUUGAAACAGUUUGCUCACUUAGAUCUGGUUCAACAGGUUUUGUGCCUCUCUAUUCUGAAGUAAUUGUAGGUUUUAUAAGUUUUGCUGUUGCAAAAUGGAAGUGAAAAGGUCUAAUUAACAUCCUAGAGAGAUCCCUUCACCUUUUUUUUGCAAGUAUGGCAUGCAGACACUCUGAGAAAGUCAACUUCCUCUGUCGUCCAGCACAAUAAUACUGCGUGAUUAAUCGUAGAAGUUUUCAGCCAGACAGAAACAGCUUCCUUGAGGAAACACCCGACUGAACAGAUACCUGGAAAUCCACAGCAGCCAGCAGACGAAUAGUUCUGCUAAAUGUUGUCUGUGACGGGUUUGUUACUCUACUCCCUCACAGAAAAUCCUGCUUCUUUGAGAAGUCUGAAAAGGUCUAGUAAUAACUAACUCCUAUUAUGUCUUGAGAAAGUUAUCAUAUUGCUUCAUUUUCUGAGUAGUAGCAGUAAUAAUUUGUCACGUCACAUGUUAUUAACGCUACUCCAUUGUAGAUUUGCCACGCUCCUCUUCCUCUUCCCCUCACUUCCUUCUUUUGUGUUUUAACCUUGAUCCACUUUCUCUUCCGCACACAAAGGAUUGAGUUUGGAGAGCUGUGUGUGUGCUGUGGGAGCCAGUGUUAUUAGUAGAGACAUUACAAAGUACAAUAUCGUACAUUAGUGACCUCUUGGUUUCCUCCAGACAUCUAAACACUGAUUCAGCCCACUAUUUGUGUGUUUUUAGUUUCCAAUUUGUUUUGUGAGAAAGUAAAAAUGCUGUACAUGUCGUUUAAAGUGUAUGUUUAGAUUUUAAGUCACUGUAUUUCAAGUUGAACACUUUUUUUUUCUUCUAUUUGUCUCUGUAGAAUUGCUUUUCAUUGUUUUUUCUUUUCUUAUUUAUGUUGUUAAUGAAGGGAGGAUGUUGAAAUCCAAAGUCUUAUUUGUUGAUGUGGCAGCAGUUUUGUAGAUUAUAUAAUCCUGAUAGCAAUGUAAGGGCAGUUUACAACAACCAGACUGAUUACGUAGCGUAUAAUUGUCCCAUUUUAUUUUUAUUUUUUUGUAGAUUUUCUUUAUUUGUCAAACACAAGUAGCACUCCAGCUCUGCUAAAGUAGGAAAUACAGGAACAUUGUGGUUGUUUGUGUGAACAGUUAGAUUUUUGUUGUGAUUGAACCAACCGGGCUAAUUUAUUCAAUAUAUUUCCUUCGAUUCCUCAAUCAAACACUUUGUUCAUUAUGUAUUUAUACAUAUCAUGAGACGGUGCAAUAUGAGCUAAAUAAUUCUCUCCUAUUCUCUUCCAAACGUCCUAUUGCAAAUUUCAAAGGUUUCAGGGGAUCUGCAGGUUCAUAAUCAUAAAAGAAAGGUUCUUAAAUAGCCGAGUUUGAAGCCAAAAGAAUAGAGCUAAGAGUAAACACAAUAUGUAUUGUCUGCUAAGGUAAACACAUUUUAACAGUUCAAAACGGGCUGCUUAUGUCUGAUUUGUAUUCCUUGUUGUAGUAUUUAAGUUUGGUAUUCAGGUUUUGGACUCCAAUUAAGGAUUAAAAUUAUGUUUUUAGGAACCUUUUAAAGAGUUUUUAUGAAACCUGAAGAUGCUCCUUUGAAAUCUGAUUUCUCUUGAUUAGUUGUGUGCUUCAUGUCAUGUGUUCACUGAAAUGCCACACUGUUAAAAUCCCUCCUUUCCUUUCUUGUAAUUUUUCCUCUAUUGACCAAACAUGCAACAGUGUCUGAGUGAAUGCGGGGUUUAAGACUAGAAACUUCCACUGUUAGAUCUAAAACAAUGACUAAUUAAUAACAAGAACUGAUGUCAGUGAAUACAGCGACCAGAUGAAAAUGAUAUCGAAGCAUUAUUUUAUUUAUUUCAUUUUUCUUAUGUUUUUAAUACUCAGUUAAUAAUUAGCUUGCGUGUCGAGGGGGAUGUAUAGAAUUUUAGAUGUGAACCUAUUUGACAAUGAUGUGGCAAAAUGACAGACCUGCUGUAUAUACACGCAGUGGCACAGUACAUAGAGACUUAGAGGUUUUUCUGUUGUUAGCAUGGACUGAUGAUGUUUGCAUCUGCACAGAUGUGUGGGUAAAUGAAGUAUAUGAUGCACUGUUGUAAAAUAAAUGUUUCUGUUGCCACAGAG